CGGUGACGUAGUUCCGUCAGCUGUUCUUGUUUUUCCUUCAGGUUUGCUGCGGUUUUCCUGCGGGUUCCGAUCCGCACCGACACCGAACCAGAACUUCCACCCUGCGGGCCGAACCUCCGAACCUUCCCACGGAGCUGGAGCCGGACUCCGCCGAACCGGUCCCGGGACUCCAGCCCAGGUCGGAGGGGGGAUGGACCCGGACGGAGCGGCCGAACCGGGCCGCCAGUUCGGCUGCGCCUCUUUUAACCAAGACUCCACGUCUCUGGCGCUGGGAACCAGGAGCGGCUACAAGCUGUUUUCUCUGACCUCCGUGGAGAAACUGGACUGCAUCCAUGAGAGCGGCACCUUCACCGUUGAUGCUGAAUGCUGCUGUGUCCCACAGAGGCUGGUGGUGUUCCUGGAGGAGUCCAUUUAUGUCCACAACAUUAAAGACAUGAAACUUCUCAAGACUCUGCUCAACACUCCUUCCAACCCCUCAGGUCUUUGCGCUCUUUCCACCAAUCAGUCCAGCUCCUACCUGGCCUAUCCAGGCAGCGUCUCCUCUGGGGACAUCAUUGUACACGACACCAACACUUUGAGCACAGUGGCGAUGAUCCCGGCUCAUGACAGUCCUCUGGCAGCGCUGGCCUUCGACGCCUCAGCCACCAAACUGGCCAGCGCCUCGGAGAGGGGUUACCCUGCAGAGGAGGAGGCGGCUACAUGGACCGCCUACAUGGGGAAGAUGUUCUCAGCCGCCAGCAGCUACCUCCCCGGCCCGGUGUCCGGCAUGAUGAGCCAGGACCGGGCGUUCGCCACCGUCCACCUCGUCUCAUCCGGUCAGAGGAACGUCUGCACCUUGGUCACGAUCCAGAAGCUUCUGCGGCUGCUGGUGGCCACAGCUGACGGCCAACUGUUCAUCUACAACGUGGAUCCGCAGGAAGGAGGCGAGUGUCAGCUGGCCUACCAGCACAGGCUCCUUGGUGUUGAGGAGAGGGGAACGGAGUCAGAGGGAGGGCGGCCCACGCAGGAAAUGCUCUCCUCUCCGUCUUACGCUCAAACCGCUGCCUUACCCUCCCCCGCCUGUGCUCCUGCUACCCUCACAGGUUACUCUGAAGAUGGCGGGGCCAGAAAGGGAGAGGUGAUCCCUGAGCACGAGUUUGCUGCAGGGCCAGUGUGUCUGGAUGACGAGAACGAGUUCCCUCCAGUGAGCCGAAGAUCCUGAUACCAGCUGGAUACCAGUAAGUUACAUCAGAGAUGUGUGCAAUCUGGUUUCCUGGGCAGAGCAUGGAAGUCUUAGAGAGGACUUCCUGCUUCUGCAGCAUCCAAGGAGCAUUCAGGUCUGAGGGUAGCUUUCAUUCUGGGAACCAAAAAAUAUUCAGUGCAUGACCCGACAUUGGUCACAACCUUAGAAAAAAACAAGAUCAGUCAUCGUCCUUCUAGGUUCCUCUGAACAUGUUUAAGUCAUAAGACCAUGCAGAUGACGUAGGAACCACUGCAGGAACCACU